CUAAUCAUGUUUAUGAGUAGGAGUUAAUUAUGAGUAAAUUGAUUGCGAAUGGUGCAGCCAUUUAAGGUGCUUCAUGGAGGGGUUUCAGCAUUGAUAGCAGAGUCUUUGGCAAGCAUGGGAGCACACAUGGCUUCAGGGUAUAAAAGAGUGGCUGGAAUUCAACUCAGCAUCAACCAUUUGAAACGAGCUGAGAUGGGUGAUUUGGUGCACGCAGAAGCUAAACCUUUAAAUGUUGGCAAAACAAUUCAGGUAUGGGAGGUGCUACUAUGGAAGAUUGAUCCUUCAGACUCACAAAGAAGAUCCUUGGUCUCAUCUUCUAGAGUAACUCUAGUAACCAAUAUGCCUGUCCCAGUUAAUGCAAAAGAUGCUGCCGAUCCAUUAAAGAAGUUUGCAAAACUGUAAACAUAUCCAUGACAUUGUUUAUUAGUGAAAUUCAAAAUCUGCUUGAAUA